GAAACAAGUCUGGAGGGAGAGUCUGACCCGGUCUCUCUCCCAGGAUUCCAGAGCCCAAGGAACCACAACUCCCAGGAUUCCCCUCCCCUCGGACUGCCCUCCUCCUGGCUGGCGUGGAAAUCCACUGGACCCGCCUGCCAGUCCUCCGAAGGGGAGGGUGACUCUCUCUGGAGCCCGCCCCUGGGACUCAGCGGGUGGCCUGGGCGCUCGAACGUGGUUUGCUGCGGCUUCUGACUAACUGCAGUUGCAGGGCUAGCGUCCGAGUGGUAGCGAGAGACCCCGGCAGGAUGCCUAUGCAUUUCAUCUUCUCCAAUGAGGUGGAGCUUCUCUUUGAUUUCUGGAGGGUCCACAGUCCAGCCGGCAUGGCCGUUUCUGUGCUGGUGGUCCUCCUCUUGGCUGUGUUGUAUGAAAGCAUCAAGGUUGGCAAAGUAAAGUUGUUCCACUGGUCUCUGCUCAGCAUGCCCCCAAACCACAGCCAGCCGCUGACGGAGUAUACGGACCAGGAGUCUACAAGCUCUGGGUCAGCUCAGGCCAACAGUGACCGAACCAGGUGGUUUCUGAGUCACUUGGGCCAGUCUCUGAUACACGUCGUCCAGGUGGUCAUUGGCUACUUUGUGAUGCUGGCUGUGAUGUCCUACAACACUUGGAUUUUCCUUGGCGUGAUCCUGGGCUCAGCUAUUGGUUACUACUUGGCCUACCCACUCCUCAGCGUGGGAUAGAGGACACAAAGGGCUCCGAAGCUGCUGGAUGGUUGUUGAGGCUCGACAAGUUGGAGAGUACGAUCUCUUCUUUACUUAUUGAUGAAAAUCCCACCAAAUUCAGAAGCAGGCUCCUCCCCGCAUCAGUUGUUCCGCAUCUCCCUCAUCUUCUUCCUUCUGUGGCCUCUUAGUUUGAGGUACAGAGGGCCUGGGGGGUGGUACAUCUGCCCUCCUUCCCUAGGCUGGCUUUGAUGGCCACCAACAGUAUUCACUGAGGAUCUCGGGUGGUGGUUCUGGCCAAACCCUAGACUGUCCAAAAGCCUGGGGGAAGGAGAGGGAGCCAGCUGAGCCUGAGCAGCCAAUGACAUUUUUGAUCAUGAAACCUACUCAUGGAUUUCCUGACUUGGGGAAGGAAGGCAGAUUAUUUGAGAAGGGACUGAGGGAGGGGCAGGCCUCCAGACAUGCUCUUCUUCCUCCUCUGUAUUGUGCCUUAGUUCCAAUGGAACAAACCAUGCAGGGUUAACUGCCCUCCUCUAUCUGUGGGAAUGGAAGACAUACCAGCUUUUCAAACACCUCUCUGCCUUAGGAAUGCUAGAAAAUUGAGAUUGGCUGGUGUGUGUGUGUGUGUGUGUGUGUGUGUGUGUGUGAGAGAGUGAGAGAGAGAGAGAGAGAGAGAGAGAGAGAGAGAGAGAGAGAGAGAGAGAGAGAGAUCCAUUUUAAUGGAACCCUCUCCCAUUAGAGUCCUAGUGAUUCAAACCCAGGCAGUACAGUCGUGGUUGUGGAGUGCUUGAAUCUGAAUCCUGACUCUACUCCUCAGUAGCUUGGUCACUUUCCCACUCUGGGCCUUUGUGUCCUCAUCUAUAAAAUGAAGGAAAUGGGUUAGAUUAAAUCUUUAAAGUAUCUUCUAGCUCCAGAUCUCGGAUCCAUUUCCUUCCCUUUUUCUGAGGGGAUGCGCUAAAUGAUGCUGAAAGAGACACUCUGAGGGCUGAAGAACCUGAGGUGGGAGGGAAUAGGGACGCUGGAGGGUUUGAAGGGGCAGAAGAGGCAUCUGCCAUUCAGGUGUGCCUGGAAAUGAAUGGCUUCUGAGGUUCCAUCCAACUCUGGGAUUCUUGGGUUAACUUUGCACAUGGCUUGCUUGUCAGGGCAAAUGCAGGAAUGUUACCCAGAGUUCCCGACUCGAGCAGGGCUCCUUCCACUGGACAGCGCCACCUCGUUGCUGUUCAGAAGGAGAGUAUUAAGUUGUACCAGGGAAGCAGGAUAGAUUGAACCCUGCUAGUGAACUUCUUAGUCUGGACAGAUAUGAAUGACCUCCCUUUCCGUCAUCUUAUUCCAGUCCUUUUCUAAUUCAGAAAAAGGUCAGUGUCAUUUAAUAACCUUUAAGAUUUCAUUUCUCCCCCCCCAAAAAAAUCUUAUUUCUCUUCACUGUGAACCUGCGACCUGGCAGAGAAAAAAACACUGGAUGUUCACUUAAAAUGUGGAUUAAACCGUCCUAGUCUACUGUUGGACAAAGAUUAAAUCAAACUUAAGCUGAAAUAAAAAUGCAAUUUACA